GGCGGCUGGCUCCCAGCGGCCUGGACCACAGAGGCAGGACAGGAGUGGGGCUGCAGAGCCUGGCCUGAAGCCGAACUGCAUCUGGCCCUGAAGGGCAGAGCCGGGACACUCACCAGGCAGCAGGACCAGCGCUGGGGUGAGCACCCCCUCGGGGUCCAUGUGCCCACCCCAGGCCCAGGCAGAGGUGGGCCCCACCAUGACUGAGAAGCCUGAGAUGGUGUGUGCCCCCAGCCCAGCACCUGAACUGCCCCCCAAGCCAGCCUCACCUGGGCCCCUGAAGGCAGAGGAGCUGGGCCACAGAGGCUCCUCACCCCCCGGGCUGCCCCCUGGCGUGCCAGUCAUCAGCCUGGGUCACACUAGGCCCCCAGGGACAGCCAUGGCCACCACGGAGCUCAGUGCCCUGCGGCCCCCACUGCUGCAACUGUCUGCUCUGGGAGCUGCCCCACCCCCCCUGGCCCUGCAUUAUCACCCUCACCCCUUUCUCAACAGCCUCUACAUUGGGCCAGCAGGACCUUUCAACAUCUUCCCUAGUAGCCGGCUGAAGCGGAGACCAAGCCACUGUGCGCUGGAGCUGGCUGAGGGGCACCAGCCCCAGAAGGUGGCAAGGCGCGUGUUCACCAACAGCCGCGAGCGCUGGAGGCAGCAGAACGUGAACGGCGCCUUCGCAGAGCUCAGGAAACUGCUGCCAACGCACCCGCCCGACCGGAAGCUAAGCAAGAACGAGGUGCUCCGCCUCGCCAUGAAAUACAUUGGCUUCCUGGUGCGGCUGCUGCGCGACCAGGCAGCUGCUCUGGCCGCAGGCCCAACCCCUCCCGGGCCCCGCAAACGGCUGGCGCACCGAGGCCCGGACGACGGCGCCUCCGACGGCAACCGCAGUGGGGCGGCCCGGCCCAUCAAGACAGAACAACAAGCGGCCGUGAGCCCCGAGGUGCGGUGACCUCUGCAGCGUCGCCUCUGAGACCUGGGGCACUGGGAACUCAGGCCAGGGCCUUCGAGGAAGAGGCGGACGAGUCGCGAGCCUGGUCUGGAGAGAACUCCCCCGACGACGAGGGACUAGUGAGCACGUCCCCUACGGGGAAAAUGGCCCCGGGGUCUGGAAGGGCGACCGUCACCCCCAGGGACCCUGCAGACCCUUUUAUCACCCACUGCCCGCUGGAAGUGGCCUUGUCCGAGUCCCCCUCCCGGGGGCGAGGUUCGGUAACCAACAUGGCAGAGCGGUCAACGGA